AUGGCUUCCAACCCGCUGCAGAACCCCUCGCUGCCCUCGCUGCCCCAGCACCAGCAGAACGACACGGGCUUGACUUCGGCCCUCGCCAGCCGGUACCACGCACACCUCCCCAUUGCGGCCCUCUCCUCCCAGGGCAUUGUCGCCAUCAACACAUGCACAGACGCGAGUCUCGGUGUAGAUGGUGGUAAAGAGGGAAGCGCCCAUCAGGCCGCCGAGGACCUCUCGCACAGGGCCUACACGCGCCUGGGACACCGCUCCGAGGACCAAGCCAUUGUCUUCCUUGGCGAGUCUGGCUCCGGAAAGACGACCAUCCGCGGACACAUGCUGAGGUCCUUCAUGUCCUUCUCCCAGACACCGCUCUCCAAGAAGAUUGAACAUGCCAACUUUGUCUUCGAUGCCUUCACCACAACCAAGUCCCUCACGACCCCGCAAGCCUCCAAAUCUGGUCUCUUAUUAGAGCUCCAGUAUAAUACCACCACCGCGAACAACGCCACCCUGCUUGGCGCCCAAUUCCUCGCCCACCGCCUCGAGCGCAGCCGCAUCGCUUCCGUGCCGACAGGAGAGCGCACCUACCAUGUUCUCUACUAUCUUCUCGCUGGCACCAGUGUCAACGAGAAGAAGCACCUGUUCCUCGACGCAGUAGGUGGAGAGGGUGCAGGCAACCGCACCUCGCUCGGCUCCAACAAGAGAUGGCGCUAUCUCGGACACCCCACACAGCUCAAGGUCGGCAUUGAUGACUCCAAGGGCUUUGCCGAUUUCAAGGCCGCCCUCCGGAGGCUAGAAUUCGGCAAAGAGAGCAUUGCAGGCAUCUGCGAGAUCAUGGCUACCAUCAUGCACAUUGGUCAGCUUGAGUUCGAGAUGGGCCAAAACACAACUCCUGCGCCUGAUGAGAGCGGUGGAUACUCUCACGAAGGUGGAGAGUCCAUUACGGUUGUCAAGAACCAGGAGUCCCUAGUACCCAUUGCCCAGUUCCUGGGCGUUGCCAUAUCCGAUCUGGAGCAGAGCUUACGGUACAAGUCCAAGACUCUAUACCGCGAGCGCGUUACCGUCAUGUUGGACCCCAAGGGUGCCCGAGCCAAUGCAGAUGAGCUUGCCCGUUCUCUGUACUCGCUCCUCGUCACUUGGGUCAUGGAGCAGAUGAACUCAAGGAUCUCAAUGCCAUCCGAGCAAAUCUCAAACACUGUUUCCAUGGUCGACUUCCCAGGUUUCGCCAACUUCGCCGCCACUGGAUCAUCACUGGACCAGCUCCUCAAUAACACUGCCAACGAGUCCCUCAUCUCGUUCUGCCAAGAGAGCUUUUUCCAACGGCAAAUCCAAGAGCUGGAAGCCGAGGAGAUAUCUCUGCCGCCCAUGGCCUUCUACGACAACACAGCCGUCAAGACCGGCCUUAUGAAGCCCGGCAACGGUCUUCUGAGCAUCCUAGACGACCAGAUGCGCCGUGGCAAGACUGACAUGCAGUUCCUCGAGGCCAUUCGCAAGCGUUUCGACGGCAAGCACCAGGCCAUUGUUCCUGGAAGCUUGACAGUCGUGCAACCCGGCAGCAACUUCCCCACCCCCAACACUUCGCCCACCUUUACCAUUCGCCACUUCACUGGUGACAUCGACUACAGUGUAGAGGGUCUUCUGGAGGAAAACGCUGAGCUCAUCUCUGGCGACAUGAUGCACCUGCUCAAGUCCGCCCAGGCUCCCUUCGUUCAACAGCUCUUUGGACAAGAGGCUCUUCAGAAGAUGACGCACCCCAAGGAGAAGUCAGCCAUCGUCCAGGCUACUGUCAGCUCCAAACCUACACGCCAGCCCAGCAUGGCGAAGCGGAAGGCCGACAAGACUGGUCGAUUCGGACGUCAAUUGAACGUAUUCGACGAGGAUGCCAUUAGUGAUGCAGAGAGCAACAUCUCGGGCACGAAGAAGCCCGGUGAAGCUCAGAAGCAGACUGGUGCCGCAGGCCAAUUCAUCAGCUCAUUGAGGACCAUUGAAUCGACAAUGCGCAAAGCCAACGCCUACUUCGUCUUCUGCUUGAAACCAAAUGACCGAAGGAUCGCGAACCAGUUUGACAGCAAAUGCGUCCGUCAACAAGUUCAGGCUCUGGGCAUUGCCGAGAUCAGCCAACGUCUUCGGGUCGCUGACUUCAGCAUUUUCAUGCCUUUCGCCGAGUUCCUUGGGCUUGCACAAACUGACCUUGCCAUUGUUGGAAGCGACAAGGAGAAGGCUGAAAUGGUUCUCGAUCACAAGCCGUGGCGGGAGAACGAAGUUCGUGUGGGUGCCACUGGUGUCUUCCUGAGCGAGAAGUGCUGGCUCGAAAUCGCCAACGUUUCAAACCUCGCUCCUUACGCUCGUGGGCCGACUGAUUCCAACGACAAUCUGCUUACACCUGAUGCAAACCGAUCGUACGGUGACGUGCGCGCUGGUCUCCUCUCACCCUCGCCUGGUGCUUUUUACGACGACAAGAGCGGUAACUACUUUGGCCAGAGGGAUAUCGAUGCUCGCUCAGAGGCGCCAUCGGGCAUCACAAAUGGCGACAUGUUCCACGGCUUGGAACAGCCCAAGGCUAUCGACGACGAGAAGGCUGCUGAAGCCAAGCUACAAGAGGUCGAGACCAUUCCCACCUCAAGCAGUCGAAAGAGAUGGGUGUUCAUUGUCUACCUCUUGACAUGGCUCAUUCCCGACUUUGCUAUUCGGUACAUCGGACGUAUCAAACGCAAAGACGUACGCAUGGCGUGGCGAGAGAAGUUGGCUAUUAACAUGAUCAUUUGGUGGAGUUGUGCCUUCGUCAUCUUCCUCAUGAUAGGCUUCCCCGCGGUCAUCUGCCCGAAACAACACGUCUACUCUUCUGCCGAACUGACAUCCUUCAACGGCAAGGAUGGAAACGAGGCCUACGUUGCCAUUCGCGGUAUCGUCUAUGACUUGGGAGAGUUCAUCCCUCACCACUAUCCGAGCAUCGUUCCACAGAAGAACCUGGAGAAGUAUGCUGGAAAGGAUGCUACCAAUCUGUUCCCCGUACAAGUCUCUUCUCUGUGCUUGGGCAAGGAAGGAAAGGGAAUCAACCCAGCCGUUCAGCUGAACUACAAGAACUCCAACUACACCGACUCCGCCGUGAACAACCUCAUCAGUACCACCGACAUCAACGCGCAAUACCACGACUUCCGAUCCUUCACAAACGACAGUCGUGGGGAUUGGUGGUUCGAGCAACAGAUGUUCCUCAAGGCCAACUACAUGAAGGGUCGUGUUGGAUACAGCCCCGAAUACCUGAAGACACUUGGAAACAAAGGCAACUCGAUCGCUUACAUGAAUGGUCGUGUAUACGAUUUCACGGAUUACAUCCCUGGUGGUCGUGAGGUCAAGUUCAAGGUCGGCGAAGAGCCUGAUGACAAGAACAUUGAUACUGAUUUCAUGGACCCAAGCGUUGUGGACAUCUUCCGAGUUCAAGCCGGCAAAGACAUCACCAAAUACUGGCAGAACCUCCAGUUGAACGCGCAAACAAAGGCGAACAUGGAGACCUGCAUGAACAACCUGUUUUACGUCGGUGAUCUGGACACCAGAAACUCGGCCAAAUGUCUGUUCGCCAAGUACUUCCUCCUCGCAAUCUCCAUUCUCUUGGUCAGUGUCAUCGGAUUCAAGUUCCUUGCGGCCCUUCAGUUCAGCCGGAAGACCGACCCAGAGAACAUCGACAAGUUCAUCAUCUGUACUGUGCCUGCCUACACCGAAGACGAAGAAUCUCUCCGUCGCGCAAUCGAUUCCGCCGCCAGGAUGAAGUAUGAUGACAAGCGCAAACUACUUGUCAUUGUCUGCGAUGGUAUGAUUAUCGGUCAAGGCAACGACAAGCCCACUCCUCGCAUCGUUCUCGACAUUCUUGGUGUUCCCGAGGCUACCGAUCCCGAGCCUCUCAGCUUUGAGAGUUUGGGUGAAGGUCAAAAGCAGCACAACAUGGGCAAAUGUUACUCGGGUCUCUAUGAGGUACAGGGUCACAUUGUGCCUUUCUUGGUCGUCGUCAAGAUUGGCAAGCCUUCAGAAGUCUCCAAGCCUGGUAACCGCGGAAAGCGUGACUCGCAGAUCAUCCUCAUGCGAUUCCUGAACCGUGUGCACUACAACCUCCCCAUGACACCGCUUGAGCUCGAAAUGCACCAUCAGAUUCGGAACAUUAUUGGAGUCAACCCUACCUUCUACGAGUUCCUCCUCCAAAUUGAUGCCGAUACCGAAGUCGCACCUGACGCCGCCACUCGAUUCGUCGCAGCCUUCCUCCACGACACCCGCCUCCUUGCUAUUUGUGGUGAAACCGCUCUUACCAACGCCAAGUCUUCGUUCGUUACCAUGAUGCAAGUUUACGAAUACUUCAUCUCCCACAACCUGACCAAGGCUUUCGAGAGCUUGUUCGGUUCCGUCACUUGUCUUCCUGGUUGUUUCACCAUGUACCGCAUUCGCGCUGCCGAGUCUGGAAAGCCACUGUUCGUUAGCAAGGAGGUCGUCGAAGCCUACCAAGAGAUUCGUGUCGACACUCUACACACGAAGAACCUGUUGCAUCUAGGAGAAGAUCGCUUCUUGACCACGCUACUUCUCAAGUUCCAUCCCAAGUACAAGACCAAGUACACGAUGCGAGCACACGCCUGGACUGUCGCACCUGACAGCUGGUCCGUCUUCAUGUCUCAACGUCGUCGCUGGAUCAACUCCACUGUGCACAACUUGAUUGAACUGAUUCCGCUCACGCAGCUUUGUGGUUUCUGCUGCUUCAGUAUGCGCUUCAUCGUCUUCAUGGAUCUUCUUUCCACGGUUGUACAACCCGUCAUUGUUGUCUACAUCGGCUAUCUCAUCUACACGCUGGUGUGGUCCCCCGACAUCGUCCCUGUCACUGCGUUUAUUCUUCUUGGUGCCAUCUAUGGUCUGCAGGCUAUCAUCUUCAUCAUCCGACGCAAGUGGGAAAUGAUUGGUUGGAUGAUUAUCUACAUCUUCGCAACACCUGUCUUCGCCUUCGGCCUGCCUUUGUACUCGUUCUGGUACAUGGACGACUUCUCGUGGGGUAACACUCGUGUCGUUGUUGGUGAAAAGGGUCAGAAGGUUCUUGUCACAGAUGAAGGCAAGUUUGAUCCUGCCAGCAUCCCCAAGAAGAGGUGGGAGGAGUACCAGGCGGAGAUGUGGGAGCAGCACACCAUCCGGGAUGACCGCUCCGAGGUGUCAGGAUACACGUACGCCACCAGGAAGCCUUUCGGAGGCGGGUCUGUCGCUGGCUCAGAGUAUGGAGGCAUGACACCAUCUCGCUCCGCGUCUCACCUUGGUCUCCCACGCUACGACAACCACUCACGAUUGAGUCUUGCGCAGAGCGGAUACGGUGCGGACAGCAUGGAAAUGUCGAACCUGCCAAGUGACGAUGCCAUCUUGAUGGAGAUCAAGGACAUUCUAUCCAAGUCUGAUCUCAUGAACGUCACGAAGAAACAGAUCAAGGGCGAACUAGAGCAAAGAUUCGGAUGCGAUCUCACGCUCAAGAAGCAAUUCAUCGGCUCAGCUGUCGAGUCACUGCUCAUCAGCGGCCAGCUCUACUAA